AUGGAUGAGAGGGCUGCAUUCCAGGCCCAAGACCAGCACUUGGCAACAAUUGCCAAGCUUACACAUCCACAGGUUUCUGUACUGUUUGGUGCAGGAUCUGUCCCUUCGCAAGGAGGCCCUAAAAUGCAGAAAUACCAGAGCAGCAGGAAUGUGUUUCAACAGACAACUGCUCUCCUGUGGAAAAAUAUACUUCAGAAAUGGAGGAUGAGAGUGCAAAGUUUUCAGGAAGGGUUUUCCUCAGUGGUUCUCUUAAUUGCAAUAGUAUUACUGACAUUAUGGGCCGACCUGCACACUCAUGAAGAAAUACCUGAGGCAUUUCUUGGACAUCUAGAUGAUCCUUCCUUCAAUAUUACUGGGGUCAAAAUUGCUUAUACUCCAGAUACAAUGAUGGCAAGAGAAACCAUGAGGAAAAUAGAAACCAUCUCUGUCCUGCAAGGCAUACAAACAGAACUCAUGGAAGAUGAAAAAGCCAUGGAAGCAGCGCAAAAGGAAGAACAUGGUAUCAUUGGAGUGGUGUUUCAGGAUGACGUUUCCUAUCGGCUCAGAUUUUCUCCUUUUGAUGUGGUUUCUCCAAGCAGCUUAAUUGAAGACAUAGAUUUAUGUUAUGACUUUUCAUCAGGAUAUUGUAGCAAUCCAAAAUACUGGUUCAAGGGGUUUGUAUCACUGCAAUCAAGCAUUGACAGUGCUCUUAUUGAACGGAUCACCAAUCAUUCUGUUUGGGAUGAAAUGAAAUCAAUGAGUGCCAUCCGCAUGGAAUCGCCUACUUUUACACCAUUAAAUAUCUUUCAGAACCUGCCAUUCUACUUUGCAAUACCAAUGUGCUUUUCUCCAAUUAUAUACUUCUUGUCACAAAAUGUUUCGCAGGAGAAAAGGAAAUUAAAGGAGGUGAUGAAGACAAUGGGGCUACAAGACACGGCAUUCUGGUUAUCCUGGGGUUUGCUGUAUGCUGUGUUUGUAUUGAUUAUAUCCUGUGAGCUGGCACUUGCUUUGAACUAUUUAUAUUUUGUAUUGAGCAGCUUUCCUGCCCUAUUUCUUCUCUUCUUCCUUUAUGGCAUAUCCUCAAUAUGCUUCUGUUUUAUGAUUAGCUCUGUCCUAAAGAAGCCAAAAAGCACUUGCCUUGUUGUCUUCAUCCUCAAUUUGUUUUUUGGAGUCUUCAGCAUUGUUACACUCAUGAAUCUGCUUCCGGCAGCUUUGGAAUGGAUUUUGAGCAUCUUCUGCCCUUUUGCUUUUGGAAAUGGACUCUCAAAGGUCUUCCGCUUUCAAAAAUAUGGGAAAAACUUCUAUUUGUCUGAACUAAUGCAUGAACCUUGCUUAUAUGUCCUGCUUUUUGACAGUGCUUUAUAUAUCCUGCUGACUGCCUAUUUUGACAAGGUUGUGCCUGACAAAUACGGAGUGCCGUAUCCUGCCUUUUUUUUCCUAAAGAAGUCCUACUGGUGUAAAUCAAGAAGCACUUAUAGCGAGGAUGCUUCCGGAAACGAACAAGGCCAUGGCAUGAUCUUCAGUGACAAAGCUGAGUCCGUGCCUUCUGAAUUUGAUGGGAAAGAAGUCAUUAGACUAAACAAUAUUAAAAAAACAUACAAAGUGGGGAAAAUGGAAACAGAAGCUUUGAGAG